AUGAAUCUAGCCACAGUACGCAACUGCUUACGCAGAACUAGACCGUGGAGUUACCGCUGCUUGGCUACCAAUGCCAAAAAUGCACCAGAAACCACGCUUCGACCUACCAGUAUAUUCGCUCCUUUCUUCGCCAAAGAUGACGAAGAAGAAGUCAAAGCUCGUCGGUUUUAUCCACGAAAAACUGCCAAAGACACCAGCAAAUUAACCGUUCCACCCACUCGCACCAAAAUGCUCGUGAGAGACUUUAUUGACGAUUCGCUUUAUAAUCCAAAGUACGGUUACUUUUCAAAGCAAGCCGUCAUUUUCUCGCCAGAAACUGAUUUUGACUUCAACGCCAUGCAAGACCAUUUGGAGUUCAUGAACGUCUUGGCACGUCUUUAUCGAGAAAUGGAAGGUGAGGCCGACGAAGUAGACGACGUAGCGCGACAAGUAUGGCAUACACCCACCGAACUUUUCAAGCCCUGGUAUGGUUAUGCCAUUGCAAAGUACAUGGUCUCCGAAUACAAGCUGAAUCUGUAUCCGCACAAGGAUUUGAUCAUCUAUGAAAUGGGUGCGGGUAACGGUACUCUCAUGUUGAAUAUCCUCGACUAUAUUCAGAAAUUCGAACCUUCGGUCUACAAACGUACACAAUACAAUAUCAUUGAAAUCUCAGACAUGUUGGCGAAACAGCAAAUGGGACUUCAGGAUAUGCGCGACGUUAGUCAGCGACAUGAUUGUGUCAAGGUGAUCAACAAGAGUAUCUUUGAUUGGAACGUCACCGUCCCUGAUCAGUGCUUUUUCCUCGGCAUGGAGGUCAUUGAUAACUUUGCGCAUGAUUUGAUCCGAUAUGAUCUCGAGACGUUACAGCCGUAUCAGGGCAUUGUGAGCAUCGAUAGCAAAGGCGAUUAUACCGAAUUAUACGAACCAUUACAAGAUAACUUGAUCCAACAGUAUCUGCAGACGCGAAAGCAAACACGGUAUCUCAGUCCUGUGCUGUCCCGGAAACUAUGGCACAAGUUCUUGAAAAGUCUUCCUAUUGCCCCCAAUAUGACCUCCCCAGAAUUCAUUCCCACCAAACUCUUCAUGCUACUUCAAAUGCUCAAGACUUACUUCCCUCAACAUCGACUGAUUCUAUCCGAUUUCUCGUCCUUACCUGACGCUGUCGAAGGCGUGGAUGCUCCCGUUGUACAGACACGAUACAAGGGCACCAUGGUUCCGUGUUCCACUUACAUGGUUCAGCCAGGCUGGUUUGACAUUUUCUUCCCUACCAAUUUCGAACUGCUACGAGAUAUGUAUUUGUUGGUGUGCCGUGGAUCUGGCAACGAUAAGAGUGUCAAGGUCAUGACCCACCGAGAGUUUUGCGAACGGUAUGGCGAUGUAGAGCGCACCACGACUCGUAGUGGAGAAAACCCAAUGUUGAUGUACUACGAGAACAUGAAAAUGUUAGUAACCUGA